AUGCGUGUUCUAUACUGGAACAUAAAUGGCAUUGCACGCCAUGCUGCAAGGUGCAAAUUACAGGAUCUACUUAAGGAAUUCAAGCCGGAUAUCUUUUGCAUUGCUGAACCGAAGGUAUAUUGUACUGUUCGUUUUAUGCAAGGGUUACAUAUAGAUGGUUAUAAGAAGGAGAUUAUACACAGUUCGUUGGUUUUUCUAAAGGGAACAUCUGGAUUUUCUGGUCGAAUGAUUUGGCUACACCGCUGUUUUCAAGUCCAUCGAAGAAGGUUAUGGCAGCAACUUUCUUCAAGUGAUAUUAGCAUUCCCUGGUUGGUGAUAGGAGAUUUUAAUUGUGUGCUUCGUAAUGUUGAGAAAAAAAGAGGUCGUGAGCCGCGGACUUCAGUUAUUAAUGAGUUUAGUAAUUGGAUGGAAGACAAUGAUCUCUUUGAAGCUUAUUUUUUGGGUUCCAAUUUCACUUGGGCUAAUGGUCAAUCAGGUGUAAGAAGGAUCCUUUGCAAGCUAGAUAGAGCUAUAAUUAAUGAGGCCUGGCUUAGUAAAUUUGAGAAUUGGAGGUGUAAAGAUCUUCCUCGUGAAGUUUUCGACCAUUCUCCUCUUAUUGGUUUCACUUUUGCCAAUUCUAGACCAAAAAGAGCUCCUUUUAGGGUGCAAAAGAUGUGGUUUUCUCACCCUGAUUUCAUGCGCAUGGUUAUUGAGAGUUGGAAUGCUCCUGUUUCUGGCUCUCCUGCUUUUAUUUUUACUUUCAAGCUCAAGAGAUUGAAGGCGUCUAUGAAAGAAUGUAAUCUAAGGGUUUUUGGCAAUGUUUAUGCGAAACUCAAACAGGAAAAAUUGACUAUGGAAGUCGCUCUUCGUAUUUCUGAUGAAGAUCCAGAAGACAUUACAAAGCUGAAUUAUGCCAAAGAAGCUUCAAUGACUCUUCAGGAAAUUCGUUCUCAACAAUCCAUUAUGAGCAGUAAUCUGAUUUCGGAAUUGGUGGAUGAGAAUGGGAAUGUUCUCACGGACUAUGACCAAAUUAGGAAUCAUACGGUUUCUUUUUUUGAGUCUAAAUUUAAUGGUGAUGAAUUACCCAUUGAUGAGGAUUUAUUUCAUUAUGAUCAUAACAUUAUUUCUUCCGAUGAUAGUCAGAGAAUGAAUGAAAUUCCUAUUAUGGAAGAGAUAAAGAUUGUUGUUUUUGAUCUUGGUGCGGAUAGUGCUCCUGGCCCUGACGACUUUUCAGGUUGUUUUUAUAGGCAUUGUUGGGAUGUGAUUCAACAAGACCUUUACAACGCUAUUACUUUUUGCUGGAGCGAAAAAAUAAUUCCUCAAGGUACAAAUUCUAGUCUUUUGAUUUUAUUAGCCAAAGUUAGAGGAUCCAACACUCUUCGUAACUUUAGGCCCAUUGGUCUCAGUAAUUUUUUCUUUAAAAUUAUUACUAAGAUUUUAGCUACAAGACUGGGUAGUGUACUUGAUAAUCUUGUUUCGGAAGAGCAAGUUGCUUUCAUGAAGGGGAGAAACAUUCAUGAAAACAUCAGUGUGGCGUCGGAGAUGGUUAAUGAACUUAAAACUAAACGUAAAGAUGGAAAUUUGGGUCUAAAGCUUGAUAUCACCCAAGCUUUUGACACGGUGAGUUGGUCUUUCGUUUUGGAAUUUUUCGGAGAUAUGGUUUUUCUCAGAGUUGGUGUUCUUGGAUUUUCUCAAUUCUUAACUCGGCUCGUAUUUCUAUCCUUCUCAAUGGUAGUCCGGAGGGUUUUUUCAAGAUUAAUAGAGGUUUAA